GGUUAGGGCUUGCAGUAACAACUAAAAGCAAUUUCUUGCUUCUCUCUCUUCUCCCCCUCUCUAUCUUUACGCCAUAUUCUAAUUAUAGGUCAGUCUUCCAAUUGGAGAAUUCUAGCCUAGCUUAUCAAGGAUUUGAAGGCGAAGGAAGCGGAGAAGAAUUGGGGACUAGCCAGAUGAGGAAGCGACAAGUGGUGGUAAGAAGAUCAGAAGAACCUUCAAGAAGCUCAACGACUUCUUCUUUCACUAUCAGGAAUGUUAAAUACGGAGAGUGCCAAAAGAAUCAUGCUGCUGGAGUUGGAGGUUACGCUGUUGAUGGGUGCAGAGAGUUCAUGGCAAGUGGUGAAGAAGGCACAGCUGCUGCACUCACUUGUGCGGCUUGUGGUUGCCAUAGGAACUUCCACAGAAGGGAAGUGGAAACAGAGGUGGCAUGUGAUUGUUCUUCACCUUCUUCAAAUGGUAAUUAGAAUUUCGAUGAGUGGGGUUUUAAGUUUUAGUGUAUGACUUGUACUUUUCCUGUCUGGGUUUGUGAUUGUUGUUCUUGUUUCUUGUUCUUGUUCUUGUUCUUGCUGUUUUAGUAUUAGUAGCUUUUAGGGUUGAUGGACACCAUCAGUAGAGCUGCUCUACGAUCUGUGUAAGUGAAAAACUAAUGGCGAACAGUGAAAAUGUGUUGUGUGGUGUGUUUUUUAUGAUGAUCAAUGAUAAUUAUCAUAGCAAAUUGGUUGUGGUUA